UCUCGAGUCGUCGGACGCCGGAGAAGCUUCAACCACCACGAAAACCUGAAUCGCGAAAGCUCGUUGCCCGCGGAGCUCGUGAACCAAGCCGACGUGAGCAAUUAUGCGCGUUGUCAGAGAUCGCGUACGCGUGAACCACCAUACGAACGGAGCAAUCGCGAGCGGUCAAGUCUUGAACGAGCCGCGGAUGUUGGCGCGUUUACCAAGCAUCUGACACACUGGCCCGCCUCGUUCUUAGUAGACGCGCGCGUGUCUCGCCGAUAGAAAAAAAUUUCUCACCCUUUCGUACCGAAACGCGAGACAACCCUAGAGCCUCCCUUCGGCCUCGUAACCGACAACUAGCAUAAAUGAAUAAUUGACAAAACGGGUAGAAUUUUUGUUUACCGCGCUUCUCGCCCUUAGCCGCGCAUCUCGUUUCCCCGUUUUCGCUGGCAUAUUUCGUGAUACCAAGUACGAGUUGCCACAAUUCCCCGGUGGAAAGAGCAGUCUUCAGGUGGUGAGACAGAAAGUCGAUUCGAAUCCAUCGCACGCUUUGCGCUUAUCGAAACGAAUCGAUUUCUCCGACUGUUCCCUCGUGGAUGCACACCGUCGUGUGUCCCUUCCCACCGCGGAAUCGAGAGGCACCGAAGAUAAAACGCGUGUCAAUGAUGUUUCGAGAAGAUGACCUCGUGACGAGCGAGCGAUGCGACGACGGUGAACGAAACACUGGUUCGUAGUCGAUAAAAGUUGGACGAGUGGGACAAAAGUCGAGAAGUAAACCGACUAUGCCGGACAAGAAUCGUGGCUGCCGAGAUGCGCAACGCGAUCGCGACAAAGAUCUCUUUCCCGACGAGAUCUCGUCGAUCGGCAUGACGCUGAGACCCAGCGGUAGCGCUUCCUCUGGCAUCUCAUCCCUUGCGAGUUGUGGCGAAGUGGACGCGUUACCAGAAUUACCGGCACAGGACGAGGAACGACUGCAACGUGCCGCGCGUUUAUUACAACAGCGACUGGUUUUGCGCCAGUGGUUGACGGACCACGGAUUGCAUAGCCAUUACCAGAAGCUCCUGCAGAUGGAAGUCAUGUCCCUGGAGGACGUGUACUGGGUAGAGGACAAUGCGGCACGGGCUGCCAUUGGCAAGGAUCUACAGCGAUGGACCCAGGCCAGGCAGACGCUGCCUACGUCGAAGGAAGACCUGGAGAACCUCAAGGCUGAUCUGUGGAGCGCCGUUGUGAAGAACAGCCAGCACCAAGACGCCUGGACAUGGGGCGGAAUGCUAGUCGUUUCUGUGUCGGUAGCAGGGUUAGUGACCCUGGCUGCUAUGACACAGCCUGCUUUAGCGCCGGAAGCGAAACAUUCCCUGCUGCAAUAUGUCACCGGCAAGUAUCUGUUGCCCAGUAAUUGCCGCGUGCAUUUUGGAUGGGACGAGCCUAAACUCGUGGGAGAGACAAUGACGUUCACAGUCAAGUUUUAUCAACGCAACGGCCAGCCGUACCCUAUCUGUGACAAGGACAACUUGAUCGUCGAAGUCACGGAGGGUACGCGAAGGAUAGCUACUCUGAUCGAGUUAGGAGGCACCGACCCCUUAGCUGCCAACACCGCAGUCGUGAAAUUUACUGUCCGCCAUGCUGGACAAUAUCGUAUAGCCGUACUUAUUGGAUCGUGUCACGUCCACGGCAGUCCGUUUCUUAAGAAUUUUCUUCCCGGCUCUCCGGAUCCCAACAAGACCGUCUUCGUACGGCAAAGCUCGACGGUCGUUUGUACAGCUGGAAUCGCACAUUCGAUGACGAUAGAGCCGCGAGACGAGUAUGACAAUCUCUGUGUAUUUGGUCCCGAAGACAAGCCCACGGAAGGUUACCAAGUCAACAUUACUCAGAUUGGUAACGCGGUUGACAAGUCGACAGUCACCAAUUGUAACAUACAGCUUGAUUACGACUCCCCGAAUCAGAGAGUCCGGUUAAGAGUCACAUUCCCGAAAGGUGGCUGUUAUCACGCGACGGUCAGUUUAGCUGGAUUGCAGCUGCACAACGGCGAUUUCGACAUCAUUGUACUCGAGAGUGAUGUUGCUAGAAUGGUGCAUAACAACGUCGCCUCGAAAGAUCCGGACAUCUGCUAUGCCGCUAAACUGCUGGGCAUGCAAGGCGAGAAAUUCUCGAAACCGAAGAAAGUCGUAUGUUUCAUUUCGCCUAAGCAACUGACCAUCAAGGAGUACUUGCUAAAAAUUAUACCCAAGAGACUCGUCACCUUCAGGCUUUGUCCGUCGACGAAAUUUCAUUUCGAUUGUUCCAACAAUCAGUACGACGGUUACGACUUUUUCUCGAUCGACGACGGAUGUCAGCCGCCCGUCGAAUUGAUUUCUCUCUACCGGGACAUAAUAGCCGCCACGUUCACCUUGUUUCUAUUGAAAAACAUCGGCGGAAGCGAAACUUUUGCUGAUAAACAGGAUUUCUUUUACCACGAGGUUCGGAAGCAUCAUCAGAAACACUAUCAUGAGAAACUUUCGAUGAAGGUUCAACGGGAUAAAUUGUUGGAAUCGUCGAUGAAAGCUACCAAAGGAUUUUCCGUGACCGACUGGUGCAGAAACUUUGAGAUCACCUUCCAAGGUGAACAAGGAGUCGAUUGGGGAGGUGUCCGACGAGAAUGGUUCGAGUUGAUCUGCGCGGCCUUGUUCGAUUCGGGAAACGGAUUGUUCGCCUCCUUUGGGGAAUCGCAACAAGCACUGGUUCACCCUAACAAUAAACGGCCUUCGCACCUUAAAUUGAAACACUACGAGUUCGCGGGGCGAAUCGUGGGCAAAUGCCUGUACGAGUCAGCGCUCGGUGGUUCGUACCGGCAAUUAGUGCGAGCACGAUUCACGAGGUCGUUCCUUGCGCAAAUCAUUGGCCUUAGAGUGCAUUACAAGUAUUUCGAACAAGACGAUCCGGACCUGUAUCUGAGCAAGAUAAAAUAUAUUGUUGAGAACGACGUCGAGGAAAUGGACUUGUACUUCGUCGAGGAAGAGUACGACAAAGAUGGUCAAUUAUUAAAGGUAGCCGAACUAAUCCCCGGAGGAAGCAAGGUUCGCGUUACGAACGACACGAAGCUGCGCUACUUGGACGCGCUCGCGCAACACAGACUCGCUACUUCUGUGCGAAACGAGGUGGAAUAUUUUCUAAGAGGCCUGAACGAGCUCAUCCCUGAUAAUCUUCUAGGAAUAUUCGACGAAAACGAACUCGAAUUGUUACUGUGCGGAACCGGCGAGUACAGCGUGGCGGAUCUACGAGCGCAUCACAUAGCUAACGGCAGUUCACCGGAGUUCUUACGAGUUCUCGCUUGGUUCUGGACCGCGGUUAGCAAUUUCACCCAGGAAGAGAUGGCCCGAUUACUUCAAUUCACUACAGGUUGUUCCCAGCUGCCACCCGGCGGAUUUCAGCAGCUGAGCCCACGAUUUCAGAUCACGGCGGCACCAACCUUCGCUAACUUACCCACGGCACACACUUGCUUCAAUCAGCUUUGCCUACCAGACUACGAAUGCUACGAUCACUUCGAGCGAGCUUUGUUACUAGCAAUUAGCGAGGGUACAGAAGGUUUUGGUAUGAUUUAAUUUCUAGUCUUAUCCGACAGUAUAUAUUUAACAUCGUUUUCGUUCGUACCGUUAACAUAAUUUUAAUUGAAAAGAAAAUGUCUAAUUUCCCUUCU